AUGGCGGCCGUGACAGCACCCACUCCUAAGCUGGAUCGAUACAUCGUCAUCCACGUUGCAACAACCUGUGACGAGCAUGGCGUAUAUGUCACUAAGGAUUCUGCGGAAGUCAUUGAAUUGGGCUGGAUUUUGUUAGACACCAAGACCUGCGAGGAGUUGCACCGUGAAAGUGUCUUGGUUAAGCCCGUCAACACUCCCAUUACUCCGCUGUGCACGAGUUUGACUACUCUUACAUGGGAGCAUGUUCGCGCUGCAGGUACUUUUAGGGAUGCCAUCUCCCGAUUCGAUGCCUUCGCCACGGAACACCUCACCAGCAAACACCUCGAGUUUGCUUUCGUGACCUUGGACUCGUGGGAUCUGCGCGUUCAGCUGCCCCGCGAGGCCCGUGAUAAGGCAGUCGUGCUGCCCGCAUACCUCCAGCACUCCAGAACCUUCGACUUGCGAACUGAAUAUCAACGCUGGCAAACCCACCACCCCGAGUCCUUGCCCUUUGGCCCCAGUUCUCUCUCCAACAUCUGCGCUGCCCUCGAGGUCGAACCCGUGCAAUCCUCCGCCCCUAUCAAGCACAACCUCCCAUUCCAUUUGCAAGCACUGGCCCCCGCUUCGCCACGCCGUGCUAUGGAGGAAUCCAUCACUUUGGCCCGUGUCCUGCGGGGCUUGAUUCGCAAGUCACAGCCCCCUCAUGAGCACCCGGAGAUCCUCACUCGUCCUAUGGAUGCUCACGCCGAUGUCCGGGCAUUCCUGGCUGAGCGUAGCAAGGUUCUUCACUUGAGUGGUCUCCCUCACGAUACCACUCAGUCUGAAUUGGAGAGCUGGUUCACUCAAUUCGGUGGUCGUCCUAUCGCUUUCUGGACCUUGCGUACCCCCGAUCAACACAAACCUACCGGUACCGGAUUCGCUGUCUUCUCAUCUCACGAAGAGGCCGCCGAGAGCUUGUGUAUGAACGGACGCGCACUGAACGAGAAGGCCAUCGAGGUUUCCCCAUCUUCCAGCCGGGUUCUGGACCGCGCAGCAGAGAUCCUGACUCCAUUCCCGCCAUCGAAGAACCGCCCCCGCCCCGGUGACUGGACUUGCCCUUCAUGUGGCUUCUCCAACUUCCAGCGUCGCACUGCUUGCUUCCGUUGCUCGUUCCCUGCGAUGGCUGCUACACCAGACCCAAUGGGCUACGGAUACGGAUACGGACCCCCUAACAUGAUGCCCCCUCACAUGGGUGGCCACGGUCACGGUCACGGCGGCAUGGGCCACUCGCGUGGCAUGGGUGGUAACGGUGGUGUGGUUCCCUUCCGUGCUGGUGAUUGGAAGUGUGGCUCUGAGGGCUGCGGUUACCACAACUUCGCGAAGAACAUCAACUGUCUCCGCUGCGGCGCACCUCGUUCAGGUGCCGCUGUUGUGGCCGACUCCGCAUUCCCCUCGCCUAUGGAUCCUCCUUCACAAUUCAACAAUAUGGGUCCUAACUCUAUGGCAAGCACCCCUGCCCCAGGACCCUUCGCAUCUACCGCUGGUGGCUUUGGUGGAUUCGGUCAGCAAUUCGGUGCGCCUCCAAACAACUAUGCUCUCCCUACUGGUGGUCUUGGUAACGCCCCAGCUGCCUACCCUCCCAUGGGUCAGGUGAACUCCGGCUACGGCUCGUCUAACACCUCCCACUCCGCUGCCUCCUUUGCCAACCCUGCAACCCAGGCCGCUUUCAGCGGAGCUGAUCAUGGCGUGCCAUCUACUAGCGCUUCCAACGGUGCCUUCUACGGUUCCGAGAGCUCCAGUGAUCCAUUUGCCUUCCUCUCCAGCGGUUUGGGAGGAUUGACUGUUUCUGACGAUCCUCACUCUCGUCGGAAUGGCGCUGGUGCCAACAAGUCACCUGCGUAA